GCUGACGGGAUCGUGGCGGUCCGGUGGCGGGUGGGGCCGCGCUGCAGCGGGAGGAACUGAGCGGGGGGGGGGGGGGGAAGCGGUUACCGGGAGGAGCGGGGGGGGCUACCGGGCGUCUGGGGCCUCUCUCCGGUCUCUGCUGGUCCCCGCCGAGAUGUUCUUCACGUGUGGCCCCAAUGAGGCCAUGGUGGUGUCGGGUUUCUGCCGCAGCCCCCCCGUGAUGGUGGCCGGGGGGCGGGUGCUGGUGGUGCCGUGUCUGCAGCAGAUCCAGCGGAUCUCCCUGAACACUCUGACCCUCAAUGUGCGGAGUGAGAAGGUCUACACCCGCCACGGCGUCCCCAUCUCAGUCACCGGCAUUGCCCAGGUGAAGAUCCAGGGGCAGAACAAGGAGAUGCUGGCGGCCGCCUGCCAGAUGUUCCUGGGCAAGUCAGAGAGCGAGAUCGCCCAGAUCGCCCUCGAGACCCUGGAGGGACACCAGCGUGCCAUCAUGGCCCACAUGACCGUGGAGGAGAUCUACAAGGACCGCCAGAAAUUCUCGGAGCAGGUUUUUAACGUGGCCUCGUCCGACCUCGUCAACAUGGGCAUCAGCGUGGUCAGCUACACCCUGAAGGACAUCCACGACGACCAGGACUACCUGCACUCGCUGGGGAAGGGACGCACGGCCCAGGUCCAGCGCGACGCCCGUGUGGGGGAGGCAGAGGCCAAGCGGGACGCCGGCAUCCGUGAGGCUCGAGCGCGCCAGGAGCAGGUCUCGGCGCAGCUGCUGAGCGAGACGGCGAUGGCGCAGGCCCAGCGCGACUUCCAAGUGCAGCAGGCGUUGUGCGACGCCGCCGUCAGCGCACGCAAAGCCCAAGCUGACCUGGCCUACCAGCUGCAGGUGGCGAGGACGAAGCAGCAGAUCGAGGAGCAGCGGGCGCAGGUGCUGGUGGUGGAGCGGGCGCAGCAGGCGCAGCUGCAGGAGCACGAGAUCGGCCGUCGCGAGAGGGAGCUGGAGGCCACCGUCCGUAAACCUGCCGAGGCCGAGCGCUACCGCCUCGAGCGCCUGGCCGAGGCCCAGCGGUCGCAGCUGAUGAUGCAAGCGGAGGCCGAAGCUGAGGUCAUGAGGGUGACGGGGGCAGCGCGGGCAGCAGCGGUGGCAGCGCGGGCGCGGGCGGAUGCGGCGCAGACGGCGGCGAAGGCCGAGGCGUUCGGGCAGUACCAGGAAGCCGCCGUCGUGGACAUGGUGCUGCAGCGGCUGCCCCAGGUGGCGGAGGCGGUGGCCCAGCCGCUGCUGGGGACGCGACGAGUGACGUUGGUGGCCGGCAGCUCCGGUGACAUCGGGGUGUCGCGGCUCCCGGGGGAGAUCCUGGAUGUUGUCACCCGCCUGCCCGCCGCUGUCGAGGCCCUCACGGGUGUCAGCGUCACCCAGGCCACCCAGAAGAAGUCCGAGUGCCAGGCUUGAGCCAGGGCCACCGUGUCCCCGAAGUGCCACCGCGUCCCCGAAGUGCCACCACCCCCCUGGAACCCCUGUGUCUCCGAUGAGCCACCACCUCCCAGUGAUACCAGUGUCCCCGUGGUGUCACCACCACCCCCCCCCAGCCUCUGUCCCCCCCAUGGUGUCACCACCCCCGCUGGCAUGUCCCCAAGGUGGGGGGGGAAAUGUGUCCCUUUGUCCCCAAAUCAUUAAAGCUGCUACGCAGA